AAAUCGAAUUAGUUGUUCGGUUUGCGUGUGUGGAAAAAGUUCAAGACCCACAGAGAGAAUCGUGAAAUUCCGAAAUCGGAAAUACGAAUUUUGAGUCAUUAUACCCGAGUGGCUAUGCAAAUUUAAUUGCGGUUCUCCCAAAUCAUCGGAAAGCCAACAGGUCGCCCCUCGACUAAAAUAAACGCAAUCGGCAAACCAAAAUAGAGAAUCACAACCGGUUUUAAAAUUUCCAACAUCGCACAGUUUUCUUGCCUAUAUAUUUUAAUUGCAGUGGAUCAAAAUAUCAACGCUCACACGCGCAUAUAUUAUCGUAAAAUAUAUAUGUCGAUUGUGUGAGUUUUUGUUUGUGGUUCGCGGGAAUGAUAUAGUUUUGACCAAGGAAAUUAAACAAAUAAAAACAAAGCCACCAGACGCAGACAUAACUGUGAAUAUAAACCAACCAGACAGCCAUGGGUUAUUCCAUUAGGAACUGCGAAACUGGUGAGUUGGAAUACUUCUACACAGACACCGUGCGAGUGAACAAACCCACCUACGAUGAGGAAACCGGCGAGCCCAUCCAUGAUCAGAUCAUGAAGAUGCGCUUUCAAAAACACAACAAUUUCCAUGUACCGAAGCACUUCCUCCGCGGAACCAUCUGCGAUGAGAUAGACGACGAUCUGGCCAAUACGGUGAGGCAUGGAGCAGCCACGGUGAUCCCCAAAGGUCCGCCCAAAAAGGCGACUCCGGGCUACGAGCGGGAGGACUACUGCCAAAUGGACGGCGUAAGCAGCAACAUAAUUUUGGGCUACACCCGGCAUCAGUACGUGCUGUUCCUGGUGCCCACGCUCUUCUGCUACAACUUCUUCAUCGGCGCCGUUCUGGCCCUCAUCGAGAUCGUCCUGCACAUGAUGUCGCACCACAAGAACAGCCUCACCAUGCAGAAGGGCCUGUACUUCCGGAGUCCACUCCACGUGCUCUCCUCGCAAUACUGCGCCAUUUGCCGCACAGAAAGCGACAGCAAGUACAAUCGCACAUUCGAUAUUCUGAACAAACAGAUGCGAAACUCACAUCGGGAGGCUCUAAAGGAUAUGGCCAAGGCAAUUGGUUAAUUGAUCAAUUAGUUUCGACACGGUCAAUGUAUAUUUUAACAACAGAAAUGUUUUUGUCACACGAACAACAAAAAAUAAAUGCACUCGUUUAUCACUCAA